UCUAAAGUCGAGUCGGGUUUGUUGAUUCGUUUGUUGUUGUGUUUGUGCAAAGUGGUUCGAUUUGUGUCGUUUUUUGUAUUCGUUGUUUUAGUGUUUGUGUAUGUAAAUUAAUGUUUUACUAUUUUGUUAAACUAUUGCUUAAAUCAAGUAUUAUUUUAUAUUAUACUUUUUUCAUUUAGAGACUAUUGGCCUGUGCUGAAAUCCAGCCUGUGUUUUAUUUACCGUGUGUUAUGGGCGGAACAAUUCAAAGUUCUGUCUAUUGGUUUCAAUAUAUGCCUAAUUUAUAAACGAAGCAAGAUUGAAAUAAUAAUCUUAAAAUGAACACUGUUGGUGCUAUGAGUUCUCCAGUAAAACAACCAUUAUCACCUCCAGUAUUGACACCUAAUAUUACUAACAGCUCACAACCUAAAGUACAAACUCCACCAAGUGUAACACCGCUCAACUUGAAUAAUGUAGCACAAACUGCUCAACCUUUAAGCCUUGUAAAUGAAAACAAAAAUACAAAUAAUGGUAAUCCAACAUUAUUAGCAUGUUCUAAUGAUGCAAUUAUUAAAAAAUCUGUCCCUUGUAACGGUGUAUCAGAUGUUAAACCAAUUGAAAAGAAAGUAGAAGAUGUAGUUCCUAAACCUGAACAACCUAUUAUAGCAUCACAGCAUAAUUUUGCUGGGAAUAAAUGUGCUAAUGUGCCUACAUCAAAUCUAAAAAUACAUAAUCCUACAUCAACGACUACAGAUAUUGUUAAUACAGUAACUGAAGUUGAAAAUUUAUCAAAAAAAAAAGAGGAAAAAGUAAGCUUGCCAGACAAAGUUGAAAAUGAAUUUCCUCCGGUUGAAAUAAAUGUAAGUGAACCUGUCAAAGUUGAAGAAAAAACUAAACCAGUAGCUGUUAAACAAGAUGAAAAUGAGCCUCAAGUUAAACAAGAACCUCCUACAGAAGCUUUAACUUCUAUCCAAUGUGAAAAAGAAAAACACGUUAGUGCGAGUGAUACUUUGACACCUGAGAAAAGCGAACACUUAUUACCCAUUAAUGCUUCAAAAGUAGCAGGAGUAAGAAGAAAAAAAGAACAGAAACAAUUAGAUAAUAAAAAUAAUGAAGUUCAAGAUGAAGUAUCAAAUGAAGAUAAACCAAUUGAAGAAGUUAAAUCAAAACGAACUCGCCUUCCUACACAACCUUUCCAGUUGUCUUUAUUGCCAGAAAUGCAGCUUAUAUCUAAAAUUACUACAAAAACAGCUUCUCCUAAGACAUCAAAUGAGAAAUUAACAGUAUUUUACAAAAAUGAGUUUCUAGCAGUGCGUAAUGAAGAAGGUGGAUUUUAUUUAUGUCAAGCAAUGCAAAAUAUUCAUAGAGCAAGCCGAAGGAUUCGUAUACGAUGGCUAGCUCAACAUCCUGAUGAUGAAUUUACUCCUGAUUUUUAUGAUCAUACGGAAUUUGAUUGCAUUUUAACCAAUAUUACACUAAAAAAAGUUCAAAAAGAACAAUGGAAAUUGCCCGAAAAAGAAAAAUUAAGAAUUGAAAAUAUUUUGAAACGAUCAAUUGAUGUUGAAAAAGGUUCCGAAAAGCCAUCUGUUACUGAAGAACAUCCAGAUGGUUUGGAUGUAAGCUUGUAUAAAGACGAAGCUCAACUUACAAAAAAAAAGAAAAGUAUAACAGUUAAAAGAAAGCUUCCUUUAGAUGAUCAACAACCUGUUAAGAAAUCAUCCAGAUUAUCAAAAAAGAAACCAGCUUAUGAUUUUGGUCAAUCAUCAUCAGAAAGUGAUGAAGCUAGUAGUGAUAGUGCUGAAGAGGAUAAUAUAGUAAAAAAAAAAUCUACUCCAAAAAAAUUAGGAAAGAAACAACUAAAUUCUAAGGAAUCUGCUAAAAAAUCUUGUGCAAAUAUUUCAAAAAAAUCUAUUUCAUCUAAAAAAUCACAAGCUCCAGUUAAACCUACUUAUGUACUUGCAUCUGUUUCUUCAGCUUUAAAAAAAAGGGAAAUCACUGCAGCCAAGCAAAAAAAUGAUAUUAAUGAAAAAAAAUCUUCAAAGAAAGUUGAACAAAAAUCACCUGUAGUACCCCUUCCUGCCGAAAGAUCUUCUAAAACAAGAAAUGCAGGAAAUGCAGUAUCUGCUAAAAUAACAACUGCUGGUAUUGGAGUUCUCAAAACUAAUCCUCCAAAAGAUCGUAAAGCAAAAAAUAGAAAAUGAAAAUUUUCUGAAUUGUUCUGUAAGUAACAUGUCUUAUUUUUUAAACAAUUAAUAAAGAGAUAUGUUUUAAUCAAUAUUUUUGAUUCCAAAUUUUCGAGACUUAAUUAUUGUAUUUUUACCAUAUCACUGUUUGUUUUGAUGUGUUAAUACACAUUUUUGUUUAGUUUUUAUAUUAAUUUUAUAAUGGUAAGUUAAUUAAUUCAUUUUCACUUUUCUUAUUUUUAAUAAGUUUUUAUUGACUUAAUUUAUUGAGUAAUUAAUAUACCCUAAAUAAUAAUAAAAAAUUAUUUUAUAGUAUAAUAACUAUUAGAAGAUUUAAAAUUUUUCUUAUGAACUUCAAUAUCAAAAUUAAAUUAACAUUUUAUGUAAAUAUGUUAAUAAUUGUGACCAGUACUACUGUAUAAUAAUUUUUCAUUUCUAUAAACCUUCUCAAUGUCACUAAACAAAACUUGGCAAAAAGUAAUUUUUUACAUGUUAAUACUAAAUGUUGCUUAAGUAAUGUAUUUUUAAA